AUGACCGACGCCAAUAGCGCCCCUCGGAAGCGCCGUCAAAGCGAUCCUUUCGUCACAUCUGCACAAGAUGGCGAUCAUGCUUCUAACAAAAGGCGCUUCAUUCUCAAUGACGACCCCCGACAAACUCUGGUAGACCACAGACAACCGACUGUCAAUGAGCCAAACCCACUCGAUGUGCUCGCGCAAGCCGCCUCCUUUGUUGCUCGCCUCCCUACAAGCCGCCGUAAACGCGUUGUUUUGAACUCACCAUCACCACCUCCUGGACCGAAGAAAUUCAACCUCAUGACUGGACUUGCCUCGCAUGUGGACAUCCUACUUCAGAUCACGAGUUACCUUCCACCACAGACAUUGCUCAAUCUAUACAGUGUUUCCGCUCCCUUUCACUAUGUCAUGGACAGCCACUUUACUGCAUUCAUCAAGGCCGCCACUUUCAUUUGGGCUCCUAACGCUGAUAAAUGCUUCCCAUGGUGGUGCUAUCGUCAACUUUGCAUCGAGGAUCCUGCUUUGCGCCGCCCCAGGGCUGAUCGCAGAAGUGUGAGCUGGGAUGAUCUCGUUCCUAAUCUGGAGCCUGAAGUGUCUGCCGAGGGCAAUUUUGAUGGCUCUGGAUCUCAAGGUUCCAACGUCUCGGACAGUCCAAAGAGUGUCAAAUCUGAGAGUCCAGCUGAGAGAAAGGAAAGGAUAGCCAAGCUUGCCGAUCAACGACAACAAUCCGCUGCGCCAGUGCCAGGGUUUCGCUGGUUGAAGAUGGUGGCAUAUCGUGAGUCUGUCUGUCGAGAGAUAGUUGGCUGGAUGGCAGUACAUGGCCAUCGCAUACCACGUGCUGAAGGUGUUGUAGCCCUCAAGAAGAUGUGGUUUCUGCUCGACAUCCCUGUGAACGCGCCUCGCAUCUCCUUGAUCCACAACACCAGCUUCUUCACCAAGGAAACACUCGCAAUCCUGCAACUCUUUUUCAUCAAACUCGACAUGCUGUACGUCGACCCCGUACACUACUACGGCGGUGAAUGCUCUAUGCGUGAGAUGUUGCUCGCAGAACGCAGUCUCACUACUCUCUGGAACUAUCUGCGAGGUGCAGACGGCACUUCCAAACUGGAUACUUUGCGCUUAUGGAUCAGACACCGUUACAAGGUACCUCAACCCGUCAGACCAAUGACUCGCGAGACACACGAGCAGUACCAGGCAAAGAUCAACAUGCCUAUCAUGGGUGUUCCUGCCCAACUUGUCGGCCGCUGGGGUUACGAGUGUUGGGGGCUUGGACAGGUCCCAUUGCUGCGUCCUGAUCAGUUGGUGUUAAAGGAGGCUGUCAGACGUCAUAUGGGUCUACAAAGGAUGUUUCUGUCAUAUCUUUCGUAUGGCUACUUGGAUGGGGAUUUGAAUCCUUUGCCUACUGUUGUCGAGCCUGAGGAUGUUGUUUUGAGCAUGAUGCGCAGAAAGAAGAACAGAGAGCUCAAGGAGCAGGAGGAGGAUAAGAUGAUUGUUGACGGAUAG